UCGACAGUCAGUGGCUCGCCGGAGCGCAAUCAAAUCGCACGUGUACGCGAACUUCGGGCGGUGAAAGCCAAGUUCGAUUGGUGGCCAAUCUCUUUCGAAGACCGCGCGUGCCCGCAGUAGUAAAAGAAGUGUGGUAAAACACAAAACUGAAUCAAUUUCUGCGCAGAGGCAGCCGGAAUUAUGCCUCGCCAGCUUUGCCGUCGUCUUGCUGCGCAUUGAAAUCGAAAUCGAGUCCAAUGACCAGCUCUUAAGCUGGAGCCCAAGAAAGAGUUUUGCACUGUUUUGAGACAGCAGAGUCGCCGGUCAACGAGCAGGCCUUGACCCAAAGCCCAGAAGAGUUCAGAGAUUCAGCAAGAUACCAAUUAUAACCCAGUUAUAUAAUAGCACUUGCAACUGCAAUUGAAAUUAAAAGUAGCGUGAAUUCGCAAAACAUAAAAGCCGAAAAAGGAAAAGCAUGUGGUUACAGUGUGUGUGGAAACCAAUACGCGCAGACUUUUGGCUGCAGCUGCUCAGCGUGAGUUUUACACUCUUACGCCUGGAAUUCGCCGCUGCUCAAAAUGCGGGAGUGGUGGCAGCUGCCGUGGCGGCUGGUCAAAACCAAACCCAGGUCUAUGUGACGGAUUCUUGCCUGCAAAAGCCGUACCGCUGUCCUCAUCCGAAGAUCCAGUUCUAUCUGUAUACGAGACGCACCCAGGAGCAGCCGGAGUUCAUAGAUGUCCUGGAUCCGAACGCCCUCUACUACACCCACUUCAAUCCACGCCAUCCCACCAAGAUCAUAAUCCACGGCUUCGGCGGCGGCAGAACUCUGAGUCCCAGUCCGGAUCUCCGGGAGGCGUACUUCAGUGUGGGCGAGUACAACAUCAUCAUAGUGGACUACGCGGAUGCCGUUAAGGAACCCUGUUUGAGUCAGAUGGACUGGGCUCCUCGGUUCGGCAGUCUGUGUAUCUCCCAGCUGGUCAAAUACCUCGCCCGACAUCCACGUGGCGUCCAGCCGGACGACCUGCACUUCAUUGGAUACAGUGUGGGUGCCCACAUCGCCGGUCUGGUGGCCAACUAUUUGAAGCCGGAGGAGGGCAAGCUGGGCAGGAUCACCGCCCUGGAUCCAACGAUAUUCUUCUAUGCCGGGGCCAACAACUCCAGGGAUCUGGAUACGACGGAUGCCCACUUUGUGGAUGUCCUGCACACCGGCGCUGGCAUCCUGGGGCAGUGGCACUCCAGUGGUCAUGCGGACUUCUAUGUGAACGGAGGCACCAGGCAACCAGCUUGUGUGGGAUCGGCGACCUUGUUUCAAACAUUGGCUUGCGAUCACACAAAAGUCACGCCGUACUUCAUUGAAUCCAUAACGACAACGCGGGGAUUUUAUGCGGGUCCUUGUCCCAACUUGUUCUCCUACCUAAUAGGUUGGUGUGAGCCCAAGGACUCGGAGUAUGUGCUGAUGGGCGAGCACUGUUCACACAAAGCUCGAGGGAACUAUUAUGUGACCACCAAUGCCAAGGCGCCGUUUGCUCGCGGAUUUCCGGGAAAAGGACGAUCCAAUGGGGAGUACCAGGGAGUACGGAGAUAAUGCUGUUCGACAUGGCGAGAUCGUAUAAUGUGUAUUUGAAUCGAUUGGAAAAGCGCCUCAAUUUAUGCAUCUUUUACAGCGUAGCACUCAUGUGAUUUUAGCUUGUUUCCUAAUUGAUACCUAUUUAUUUCAUAUUUUUGUUAUUAGUUCUAAAUGCAGCCAUUUUUCGUUGGGACUUGUACAAAUAAAUAGUUA